GACGCGAGGGGAGGAUGGAGAGCUGUGUGGAUCACGACCAUGGACGGCUUUCAGUCUAACGCUACACCUCGCUGAUUGUCGUUCUCCCGCUUUUUUUACAGGAUAUGUUUCCAGCUUUUGUGUGAGCAGGGCAGCAGCCUGCUCUGGAUUCACACAUCCAGCACCGCCUUUCUCUCGUGUCUGGUUCCCAGUUGAAAAGCUUCCUGGGCUUCGUGGACCGUGAAACCUCGGCUCUGUCCCUCACGGUUAUGCUUUAGUAUACUCGGACGAAGCUGUGUGUGGGUAUAUUCUUUUUUUUUUUUUUACCAUCCAAGAAAUGUUGGCAUGGCCACCUCGGGAGCACAAAAGUGUCCGAAGAGUGAGAAGUUGGACGAGGCGCAGGCUUUGGCCAAGAGCUGCGCAGGGAGACCAGACUUCCUGCCUUGUGAUGGACUCUCCAUCUGCGCGACGCACAGCCACGGGAAGUGCUUCAAGCUGCACUGGUGCUGCCACUUAGGCUGGUGUCACUGCAAGUACGUGUACCAGCCCAUGACCAACGUGUGCCAGCUGCCCAGCACAGCCGUGCCGCCCGCGGACACCGAGUACAGCAACACCAUGGACCUUUCUGUCUCUCUGGCCGAGCGCUUCCUGAAGCUCGCCCCCUGCUUCCAGUCGCCUCCUCACCUCGAAUCGCCCAAGUACUGUGUCAUCGCUGAUCUCUUUGUGGACGACUACAUCGUCAAACGCAUCAACGGGAAGAUGUGCUACGUACAGCGCCCCCCUCCUCCUUUACCAGAGCCUCCUAACGCUCCGACACCACCCCCGCCUGCUCCCGCUACACCUCAGAGGCCCCAGAAUCCCACCGCUCAGCCUCGGCAACCUUCGAAGCCCGCGCCGCCAGCCCAGCACAUGCCUGCACCUGCGCAGCAGGUGUACAGUGAACAGAAACACCAGUCUCCUGUGGAUAAGGUCAAAGGCCCCAAAAUGGACCACUGCUCCUCUCCUUCCAGCUCCGAGGACUCGGGCAUCAACGCGCUGGGUCUGCACUACCUGGAGUCCUGCGAGGAGGAAAGUGAGGAGGAGGACGACGAGGAGCUGAGUAUGGACGGGAACUCCAGCCCCGGGAGCCUCUGGGACCAGGACGAGUGUUCUUUGCUCUCCCCUUCCAAGUCUAUGAUAGAGAUCAUCGAAAAGAUCGAAACAACUGUGUAACUGAUGCAACAUCCAAGAGGAAACGAGCAGCGAAAGGAGAAUAAUUUUACCGAGGACGAAUCCUGCAGGUGGUGGAGGACUGUACAUCUGCACUCUCACUCAGCCUCUCCUCUGCCCACCAACUCUGCAUGGUGUGAAUUUAUAGGACUUACAAGAGGAGAGAGAGGAAGCACAGGAAUCAAAGCACACGCACAGAGGACCAAAUAGACUUCUUGUACAUGGUUACGACAUGGUGACAAAUCUGACAUACAAAAGGAAUCUAUCACAGGCACAUUUGCAAAGUAAAAGAGACUUUUUCUUCAGGCAUACAUUAACGGAGCUAAAUUCUGUACAAACAAAGAGGCUAUCGGAGCGUUCAGUGGUGAUAAUAAGCAGUUAGGAGAUUCCUCGUGUUCUCCCGUCAUCGAUCCUGCAGUCAGGCUUUAUUCUACUUUAACAUUAAGUGGCCAAUCAAGCUUGCCAUUUCUUGCUCUCUGGCCGCCGGCUCCACCCACACCUAUUAGUAAUUCCGACACUUCAGCGUGACAUCUACAAGGCCAGCUACCUCUCAUGGGCCUAAAGCACAUCAGCCUUUUUACCCGUUAAUUACCCUGCUCCGAGCAGCAGGGACACGGCUGCUUUUAUCACCUUAAUACAAAAGAAUCCAGGCCCACGGUUAGUCUGCACUUUAACACGGACACAGGUAGGUAGCUCAGUGUUUGACAAUCAAGGAUUACACAAAAGCACAUUCCCAUGCUGUACCUGCCAGUGAAGACCAAGGAUGCUCUUAUAUAGCUUCUAAAACCAUGUUUGGACUUGUUCUGACCAGCUUUUUAAAUGGCGCUGCACUGAGUUACAGCGCAGCUCGAGGUUAAAUGAGGCGUUUAGCAAAACAUGACACCAUGCGACCUCCAUUAGCAGAAAUUAAACAGCAUGGACACGUCUCUGGCUGAGCUACAGUGACACUGUCACAGCAGGAACUUGUAGGACACCUAGCAAAGAGGGAGUCUUCCUUCUAUAUAUAGAUAGAAACCUAUAGGAGUAAAAGCUGCAUUGUUGACAGUGAAAUGUUUUGUGUUGCCGGCUGAAAGGGGAGUCUGGGGAAGGUGUGCAGACUCGGAUAGAUUAGUGCGUCACAGUUACUUUGUGUGAUGGGGCAGAAAUGUCACCUGAUGCACCUUUAAAAGGAGAUUACAGUAUGGAUUAGGAUGCUGAGUCGGUGUUGUGGUGUUGUGAUGGACAUGUUAGAAGAAAAGCACUCAAAUACACAAUAUUGCCAAAAGUAUUCGCUCACCUGCCUUGACUCUCAUAUGAACUUAAGUGACAUCCCAUUCUUAAUCCAUAGGGUUUAAUAUGAUGUGGGUCCACCCUUUGCAGCUAUAACAGCUUCAACU